AGCGGCUGUCCUAGCGAUAUCACUCCGAGUAGUCGAGAGAGCGGGUAGGAAGAAUGAUUUGAUUAUGCUAACCGAGAAGGACCAGCUCGUAUCGUCUGACGAAGAAAAGAUCAAGACAGUAGGACGUAUGACGAAUGUCGCGUUCCGAUUGGGAAAAGUGCAUGCUUUAGGAGAUGUUGUGGUGCUGGACGUGAAUACGUAUGACGUUCUGUUCGGGCUUCUUGCAUUAGUGGCGCUGCGUGCUAAUUUGGACUUCGAACGCCGAUCCGUCAUUCUCCGGAAUACCGGGGGAAAGCCGUAUGUAAUACCCAUGAGACUAACUCUUCGAACGACAGUUAAGUGGGUUCGGUGCCCGAUGGGAAUCUGCAAUGCGCCUGCCACGUUUCAGCGGGCGAUGAACGUGACUUUUCAUAAUUUCGUCAAUAAGACGCGGCUGACUCAGGGGAUGAUUAACUUUUGUGUCAUUGUGUACAUGGAUGACAUUCUGGUGUACUCGGACAUGUUUCACGGACACGCGCAACACAUCGAGUGGACGUUGGGUGCGUUGAGAGACGCAGGUUUCAAGAUUGCGCUGAAGAAGAGCGAGUUUUUCCUCCCGGAAAUCACGUUCUUGGGGUAUGUGGUGACACGUGGAGGCCUGCGGCCGGACUCUCAAAAAGUCGCGACGGUCAAAGAGGCCCCGGUUCCGACCUCGCUGACGCAAGUUCGAGCCUUUUUGGGCCUGGCCUCGUAUUACCGCCGGUUCAUCAAGGGGUUCGCGGCUAUAGCAAGGCCUCUGACAAACCUGCUGCGAAAAGAACAGCCCCUUCAUUGGGAUGACGAGUGCGACCAGGCCUUCGGGGCCCUGAAGGAUGCUCUCGUCACGACCCCGAUUCUGAUCCGACCGGACCCCUUUCGGCAGUUUAUUCUCAUCACCGACUGGCAGCCGGAGGCUAUUUCGGCCAUCCUGGUGCAGAAGGGAAACGAUGGGAAGGAGCAUGUCAUUGAGUACGCUUCUCGGACGGUGCCAGACGAGCGACGAAAUGAUUCCGCGUCACAAGGAGAAUGCUAUGCGGUAGUGUGGGGUAUCCAACACUUCCAUCCGUAUUUGUACGGUCAGAAGUUUUUGCUCGUCACCGACCAUGAACCUCUGUUGGCUCUGAAAAAGCUAACCGACUACACGGGCAUGAUCGGACGGUGGGCGGUGCGGUUGCAAGAAUAUGAAUUCGACAUUGUUCAUCGAAAAACGGAAAGACACGGCAACGCUGACGGACUGACACGUUUGCACCGACCCGUGCGUUCAUGUUGUCGGAGGCUUCUCACCCAGGAGCUUAGGGUCCCAAUUGCGCAGCUGGCCGACCAUCUUGACAUCAGCAUUGUCUCCCAGGUCGACCCGCGCUUGGUGCCCCACGUCACCUCGCGCACGCCGUCGCCGUAUCUUAAGUGGUCAGCUUGCGUGGAGGGCUUCCCAUCGAGAAUUCCGCCUUCACGGUUGGAUUAUUUGUAUCCUCGCGACAUCGUGGAUCCCGCUUUCUAUAGACCGUCGUACGAGGACCAAGUAGAGGAGAUAAUCCGCGAGGAGCUCGCGGAAGAAAGUUCGGAGGAAGAGGAGGAGAAUCUGAACAAAGACGAAGGGGAGCCGGCACAGCAACAAGAAGGAGACGAAGACGAGCUCCUGCAAAUGGAGAGCAAAGAAGAAGCAGAAGAAGAAGACAGCGAGCAGGGGAGCGGUGAUGACAACGACGAGGAGCAGGCCAACGAGGAUCCCCAGCUAGAAAUUGCGCCGGUUGCUGAUCUUCCGAUCAGCAACGAUCCAACGCUCGACCCGGAGCCACCUCUGCCAGACGACGGCCAUGUGGCCCAGGUGGUUGGGCCGUCCGCUCGCCAGCCUCCUUCCCCACCGCGACGCCGCCGACGAAGCCGCUCCCCCUCCGCCUCUCUCUCCCUCGCAGCCCGUCCCCCACUUCGAGCACGUCGAGAUGAGGCCGAUCGGUCUUUGUCCUCGGUCUCUCUCUCUCCGCCCCCAUGACUUCCUCACCCUGCGCCAGCUCACCCGUCCCGCCGUCUUCCCCCACAACCCCUUCCCCCGCGACACUUUCCGUC